UCAUCAGUAACACUUCCUUACUCGUUUUUGCCUUUUUAUUUUUCCUUUACUCUGAAAGUGAGCUUUUUAUCCAAUUUGUUCCGCAUAUCAUAGCAAUGGCAGCACGUUCUUCCACCAGCUCCAUCGUCUUCAUUGCUCUCUCUUUGCUUCUUUUGCUCACAUUCUCCAAUGUGGCUGAGGCUUAUGGAAGUGCAAGACUUCGCCCUUCAGAUUGUAAACCAAGGUGCAGUUACCGUUGCUCAGCAACUUCACACAAGAAGCCAUGCAUGUUUUUCUGCCAGAAAUGUUGCGCCAAAUGCCUGUGUGUUCCUCCUGGUACAUAUGGAAACAAGCAAGUGUGCCCUUGCUACAACACCUGGAAGACCAAGGAAGGGGGUCCCAAAUGCCCUUAAAACUUUAAACCCUCUCUUUCCUAAUCAUAUCAACUUUAUAUAUACAAGCUAAUUAGUAAUACUAAUACCACAUCAAUAUUCUAUUAUAUAUUUACAAUGCCCUGCUUGGCAAUAGAAGGGCACAUUUGGCUAUGUAUUUUAGUUUUCCCUUAACGUAGAGGAAAUAUUAGAGCUUAUUGUGUUUGUUGCUGCAAUUAUAUUUUAGUAAA